CGCCCUCUGCCCCCUGACCCUGCGCGGCGGCGGCGGCAGGAGCGGAGGCGGCGGCUGCUGGCGGCCGUUUCCUGGUGGCCUGGCGGCGGCGCGGGAGGGAGGAUGCGGCGCAGGUCUCGGCUGCUGCUCUGCUUCGCCUUCCUCUGGGUGCUGGGCAUCGCCUACUACAUGUACUCGGGCGGCAGCGCCGCGCUGGCCGGCGGUGGCGGAGGCGGCGGCAGGAGGAAGGAGGACCCAAAUGAUAUCGACCCCAAAAGGAAAGAAGUGCGUGGCAAUGAUGUGGAAGACAAGGCACAAAGUGUGGAGACACUGCCUCCAGGAAAAGUUUGGUGGCAAGACUUUGAUCAGGACUCCUAUGUUGGUGCUACCGUGGUGCGAUCUGGCCAGGAUCCGUACGCACGGAAUAAGUUCAAUCAGGUGGAAAGCGACAAACUGCGAAUGGACCGGAGCAUUCCUGACACUAGGCAUGAUCAGUGCCAACGGAAACAGUGGCGGAUAGAUUUGCCAGCCACUAGUGUGGUGAUCACCUUUCACAACGAGGCAAGAUCUGCUUUGCUUCGAACUGUUGUCAGUGUCCUUAAAAAAAGUCCAUCACAUCUUAUUAAGGAAAUCAUACUAGUGGAUGACUACAGUAAUGAUCCUGAUGAUGGGGCUCUCUUGGGAAAAAUUGAAAAAGUACGGGUUCUUCGAAACGAUCGGCGAGAAGGCCUGAUGCGCUCCCGUGUCAGAGGGGCAGAUGCAGCACAAGCCAAAGUGUUGACCUUCCUGGAUAGUCACUGUGAGUGCAAUGAACACUGGCUGGAACCGCUUUUGGAAAGAGUAGCUGAGGACAAGACCAGAGUUGUGUCUCCUAUUAUUGAUGUAAUUAAUAUGGACAACUUCCAGUACGUGGGGGCGUCAGCUGAUUUAAAAGGCGGCUUUGACUGGAAUCUUGUAUUCAAGUGGGAUUACAUGACACCAGAGCAAAGAAGAGCACGGCAAGGAAAUCCAGUUGCUCCCAUAAAGACACCCAUGAUAGCUGGUGGAUUAUUUGUGAUGGACAAAUCUUAUUUUGAAGAACUAGGGAAAUAUGACAUGAUGAUGGAUGUUUGGGGUGGAGAAAACCUAGAGAUCUCAUUCAGAGUUUGGCAAUGUGGUGGGAGCCUAGAAAUCAUCCCUUGCAGCAGAGUGGGUCAUGUGUUCCGCAAACAGCAUCCUUACACGUUUCCUGGCGGGAGUGGUACUGUGUUUGCAAGAAAUACACGCAGAGCAGCAGAAGUCUGGAUGGAUGAGUAUAAAAAUUUCUAUUAUGCAGCAGUGCCUUCAGCCAGGAAUGUACCUUACGGCAAUAUUCAAAGCCGAAUGGAGCUCAGAAAGAGACUUAGCUGCAAACCCUUUAAGUGGUAUCUUGAAAAUGUUUAUCCUGAGUUACGGGUACCUGAUCAUCAAGAUAUAGCCUUUGGGGCUUUGCAGCAGGGUACCAAUUGCCUUGACACUUUGGGCCAUUUUGCAGAUGGUGUUGUUGGAGUUUAUGAAUGUCAUAAUGCCGGGGGAAACCAGGAAUGGGCCUUAACAAAGGACAAGUCAGUGAAACACAUGGAUUUGUGCCUUACUGUUGUGGACAGAGCUCCUGGUUCACUAAUAAAACUUCAGGGCUGUAGAGAAAACGACAGCAGACAGAAAUGGGAGCAAAUUGAAAGCAAUUCUAAACUGAGGCACGUUGGCAGCAACCUCUGUCUAGACAGCCGAAAUGCCAAAAAUGGUGGUCUCACCGUUGAGAUCUGCAAUCCUUCUUUGUCACAGCAGUGGAAAUUCACACUUAAUCUGCAGCAGUAGAAGGACUUAUAAGCAAAAUGCUGUUUCAACAGAAAAACAUUGGGCAAAGUUUUGAUUGAAUUACUGAUGUAUUUCUUAAAACUUUCCACGGAACUUAUAUACCUCAGUAUUCCACCUUUAUCUGAAAGUAGAGUGCUGAAGCAGACACCAGGGAUCCAGGGGACUCGGAGCACUGCAAAGAUGUCACUGAGCAUUACUUCACAGGAAGAAGGAAUUGUGCUGCAGACUUCAGCUGUUCCUUUCUGUCUUCAGCUACUACUUGCACAACAGAUAAUUAACUGUAGGAACAACUGACGUAUUGUAAACAAAAGGAUCUGAAGAAACAUCUGUGGGGAACAGUGUGGGAGGGAGGGUGGGCAAAAUUACUAGGAGAAGGUCAUUUGAAAACUCCAUUGGAAUAGAAGUCAUGAUUUGUCAUUUCCAGAACCAGAAGUGUCAUUUUGAAGUUCCUUUUUUCUCUCCUGUGUGUACUUGGUAAUUUGAAUAUGAACUUUUCUAUGAUGGACUCUAAAUAUAAUUAUAUGAAAGUAUAUAUAUUGUCCCAAUGAUUUGUAUCAGUUUUCAUCAUCCUAUAAUUAUCAACAAAGUGAUUGACAUAUGUAUAACCAGAAAUUGGAUCGGAGUGCUAGGAGAGAGAAACUCUGAGGGUGCGGAUUUUGUGCUGCUGGGUAUGAUGUCCGUGCUAACACUGGAUGCUUUUGCUUUGCAAACUGGAUCUACUUCUUAACACUUCACCCUUGCUGGAGAUCAUGAAACUAAGGAGGAGAAAGAAAAUAGCAGAGGAAGUAAAUGCAUCUGCCCAGAUGAUUGCUUGGAUUGUUUAUUCCAGCUUGGGAAUUCAUCACCUGUGCUCUGGAUAACUUUAAACCUGUACUUUAUAUUUGUGUUAAUCAUUUCUGUAGUACUUUGUCUUUAAAAUAUUUCUUCCUUUGUUACAAAAUUAUAUAAACUGCACAGAACUUUU